AAGUCUCGUUGUGUUUCUUCCUUCGUAUUUCCGACGCCAUGGGAUGGCCCUGUCGCCGACUCUGACUUCUCCUCCUCUUCUUCUUCUUCUUCUUCUUCUUCUUCCUCUUCCUCUUAUCAUCUGUUGACUCAGAAUCUCUCUCCCACCAUCUCUCUCUGUCUCUGUCUCGCUCUUUGGUCUCAGAAACCCUAGUCGGAUCAUCCGUUUGAGCUGAUUUGAUGAAACGUAAAUCGGCGAAUUCACUGGCGCCCGGCUUCAGAUUCCACCCCACGGAUGAGGAGCUGGUGAGGUACUACUUGAAGCGCAAGGUAUCCGGAAAGCCCUUGCGCUUCGAUUCUAUCUCGGAGAUCGACAUCUACAAGUCCGAGCCUUGGGAUCUUCCAGAUAAGUCCCGGCUUAGGACUAGAGACUUGGAGUGGUACUUCUUCAGUCCACUGGACAAGAAGUAUGGGAAUGGGUCGAAAACUAACCGGGCUACCGAGGAAGGUUACUGGAAGACCACAGGCAAGGACCGUUCUGUCCGAAAUGGAUCCAGGAUAGUUGGGAUGAAGAAGACGCUGGUUUAUCAUUGCGGGCGGGCUCCCCGUGGGCAGCGCACCAACUGGGUUAUGCAUGAGUACCGACUCAUUGACGAGGAACUCGAGAAAGCUGGAAUCCCACAAGAUGCAUUUGUGCUUUGUAGGAUUUUCCAGAAGAGUGGGUCAGGUCCGAAGAAUGGCGAGCAGUAUGGAGCACCAUUUGUUGAAGAGGAAUGGGAAGAUGAUGAUGAGAUGACACUGUCGUCAGGGCAAGAGGUGUUGACUGAUGAAGUAUUUCACAGUGAUGACACUCAGUUUGACACAAAUGCGCUCGACCAGAAACUCAAUUUUGGCAUGUCAACUAGAGAUAUUCUGCCUCCAAGCAGCUUUUACAGCGGGGAAUCAAGUAAGAGCACUGAGCAUGAAGAAGUGCCUGCUGAAGAUAACUGUAAGCCCCAGAUUAGCAUUGGUAGCAGCAUGCAACAGCAGGAUGGACUGAACCUAGUUGACUUACCAGAGCAGUAUCAGAUUAAUGUCGCACCUGUUAAACUAGAAGAUGGUUUCCAAUCUCCUGAUGACUUGAAUGGUGUAAACUUGGAUGACCUCCUUGAUGGAACAUUCCUGGAUGCUUCUGAUAAUCCUGCAUUCGGGGAUACACCAUAUCUGCAAACUGUUGACCCUUCAAACUCAGCUGGAACAAAUCCUGUUGAUUUCGAUCUUGAGGAGUUCUUCUCAUUCUUCGAUGCCGAGGAUAACAUGUUAAUGGCUAAUGAUUCAUCAGAAAUGAUGAUGACGGGUGUCGGGAAUGACUAUUUUGAUGAAUCACUGCUUGCCUCCCAUAUUGGAAAUCCAAGUGCCGAGGCUGACCUCCAAUUCUCAAGUCAACAUUUGGCACAACCUAAAGAACAAUUGGGUUCAUCCUUGUUGGAGCAACAACCAGAAACCAGUGAACUCAAAUCAGAUCUUAGCUAUAAAUUGUCGGAGAAGGCAACUGACUUCUGGGGAAGUCUCCCUGCUCCUCCUGCCUUCGCUUCUGAAUUUCCUUCAAAGGAUGCUUUGCUUCAGCUCAGUUCAAUGAAUUCAUCCUCUCUGGCUUCAAGCAGUUCCAUCCACUCCACUGCUGGAAUGCUGAGAAUCAGGAACAUGACACUGACUGGCAAUGGAGUGGACUGGUCUUUCGGCAAGAAUGGAGAAGUCAACCUUGUUCUCUCGUUCCAGCUGGCCAAGGAUGGCCCUCUUCGCAGUGCUGCAACCUCUUCAAAGACAACACCUUCAGGUUCAUGGAGCUGGCUCUAUUGUCCCUUGCUGUGGGCCAUAUUCAUCCCGCUUUAUGUCUUCAGACAAGUCCUGCCUUUGCUCAUUUCACCAUAACCGGGAGUUCGAAUCGUGGAUGGGUCUGAUACGGUGAUCCCCUCUCGGUCAGACAGAAUCGUACAAAACCUAAUCCUGGAGAACUGGUAAAAGCUGUUGAUCAAAUUCGAGUUCUGUCGGCCUGUUCUCUGUACGACAAGAUAGAGCGACAUCGGACCUAUCGGUAAUUGGGCAGUGGUAAUAUCUGGCAUUACUUGCUGAGAAAAAUUCGAUAGAGACCAACGAUGUAAACCAAGAAGAUCUAAUCAAAACGAUGAAUCUGAUUCUGUUGUUUUUUCCGGA